AUGAUUAAAAGAAUCUGUUUCUCGGAUGCAGUGCUAAACCCAACGGCUCCGGAAGACUCGUCAUCGGAUGAGCCAUUAUUUGAAGAGCCGGUGGCGCCGACCCUCUCGUUGGGUGAGAGGAUAGCAUGGGUUAAGACAUCGGGUCCUGAGUUCGGCGCCGUUCGAUGGAUCGGACGAAUGCCACAAAUCACUACUGAUUGGACGGUCGGAGUAGAGUUUGACAACUGUAUCGGCUCGGGUGACGGCACUGUCGACGGGCGCCGGUAUUUUGUGGCCAAAGAAAAUUUUGCUAAAUUCCUUCCGCUCUCAUCACUCACUAAAGUGGAUAACUACGCCGGACGACCACGUUCUGGGACGAUGUUAUCGCGGAUGUCAGUGCAGCUGAAACCGGGUCAACUGAUUAGCAUUCAGCGAUCACCGAGUGUUGUGGUACAGCACUGCUCUCUCAACGCUCCCCAUCACGUGGGCCAUGACGUGCACGCCACUAAUCUGAAGCACUGCCAGUGCUCCAGUUGUAACCACCCGUGCGCUCAUCUCUGCAAGACUACCAAACCUAAGGGCAAAAGCCGGUGGAAGGAUCCGGGAUUGGCUCAUAUGUGCCACUUCUCCAGUAAACCGCAUAAUAAGAUGUGUUGCGGCGGCGAAGACCUGGCCUGCGCUACGAGACCGUUGACGGCUCCGGGAAGUAGUUGGAUGCACGCGCCCGACAUCGAGCCCUCAUUCAAAACAGUGUCGAUGGCAACCGAGUCUAUGCCUCGACGCAAGUCAGUCACCAUUUAUGACGAGCGCAACGCCGUCUCCGCGCCCACAAGUGUUGAACGAAAAGUGAAUUCUUCGCCACUGAAUGCGGCCAUCAAUCUGAAGGAACGGCGCGGAAGCGAUCUCUCCAUAUCGAGUCUGCCGUCGAGCGGUUCCCCUCAGGUCUAUAUACGGAGGGGAGUCCUCACCGAUGAGUCCGACUUUGACAGCGACACAGAUCGCAGUUAUUCGCCAGCGUUUGGCCGCUCAGGAAUGGCCGGUCUUCGCUCACUCGUCGCCUGUUUUGCAAACAACUCGUCAUCUCUUCGCGAAAAGAAGAAUAUAAAAGAUAGACGAAAACGAAAACUACGAAAACAUAAGAAGCGUUCAAAAACUUUGUCAUCAAAUGAAAGAAGGCAUCGAAGAGGUCUCAGCUCUGACACCAGUUAUGACUGCGAGACCACACAUAACAGUCAGAAUCAGACCUCAAGUCUUAUGUCAAACAUUUCGUCGCCAAAAACGCGCACAAAUGCCAGUCCUGUAGAGCACAAGUCGACGUCAAUGUCUCCCAAAAAAACGACCGCUCAUUCGCCUAAUGAAGACCAGAAACCGGUGAAAGAGAGACAAAUAUCUGGUGCUAUCAUUGAGGAAGAGUUGUCCAAAUCGUUUGAAACGCAUAGACAUCGCGUGGACGACGACAUCAUCUCCGAAGGAAAUGAAGGUCAGGACGGCUGCACAAGUAGUAGCAAAAGUAGUGGUCAUUUAAUUACAACUAAAGCUGAUAUUGAAUCGACUCAAAACACUAGAUCCCUGUCCUCGCACUCAAACCUCAGCGAUAGUGUGUCGCCGCGCAGACGCAAGAAAACACCGGCACCGCCACCGCCGCCGACAUCCUCCACAAGUCCGACAUCACUAAACCUGUCCGUCUCGUCCGCAUCCCUUCCCCAAACACCCACUCAUUCAACAACCACUACAUCCGCGUCCGGUCAUCGGCGUCGGGCCUCCUAUAAGAAGAACCCGGCGCCGACUCCACCUAAUCUGACCCGAUCUCUGUCCGAACAAAAGCAGCUAAACCUCAAGAAUCUGAUUAACGCCGUUCCCUCCUUCAGGAGUGAAGUCGACUUACAGGGAGUCUCGCGAAAGUCAUCCCCAUUUGGCGAUAGCAUAGAAAGGGAUGAAAUGCUUUCAUUGAAUUCAAUCGACAUUAAAGAUGAAGUGCCUGUCGAUAGUGACCGCCAACGGGCGACCAAAGUCGAUGUCUCGACUCAAGUGACGCUUGAAAAUGAUUAUUACGAAGAAAUUGAUUUCACGCCAAAAGUGAAAGUUUGUAAUAACGGCACGAAUUGUUGCGCGAAACCAGAUUUGCCUCAAAAAACAUUUGAUGUCAUUUCGACAUUUGGUUGUGAAUUGAAUACGAAAUACAAUCCUCCAAAUGGUUGUCGAGAAAACUCUCAUUCAUUGACUAAAAGUUAUUCAUUGCCUUCAAAUAAGAAACGAAAUACCAAUCAAAAAGCCAUCAACUCUUGCGGUCAGAGAUUUUCCAGUGAUUUAAACGCUUUGUUAAGCCCUCAACACAUCCUUAAAGCGAAAGCCGAUUCGCUUAUGAGGGGUCUGUCGGACGGGUCGGUCAGCAGCACAGCGACAGUCAUUGAGUUUAUUAAUACAUUAACCGAUUUGGAGACACAAAUGAACUCAACUGAUGGCCAAUCGCUUAAAAACUCUUCGGUUAAGACGAGUGAUUCGUUAAUUGAUAUCUCAUUAGACAAUACAAGUGACGACACAAUUACCGUUAAAUCAAUGUCAUCCAAAUGGAGACAUUCUUCCAGUUCUGUCGACAGCUUCAGUGAUAGUCUUUUGAGCUCUAAAUUUAAUGAAUCCUAUUCUUCAUUAAACACUACUAUUGAACGCAAAAACAAAACUAAGACUACAAAUGAUCGCUUCCAAGCGACCGGUGCUCCCAAUAAUCUGUACAGCAGUGCUUCGGAACAAUCGCUGUCAUCGAUGUCCUCUUCAUCGACACUGUCUUACGCGCCAACAAUUGGGUCUUCGAGUUCCACACCGACUCCACUCACACCCAAACCAUACCGGGAGCUAAUGUUAGCCAACUCUGGCAAUCAUCCCAAUCACUGCACACAUCCCCUCCCAAAACCUCGAUCUAAAAAUAAGUCCCAAAAUGAGAGAACUUCAGUGAAGUCAUCGGAUCCGUGCAUUAAUGACUCCAUACAUAAGUCAUUCAACAACAAUAUAGAGUCAAUCACUCAAAGGGAUAUGUAUUCAAAUUCAGGUCUGUCGCUUUUGAAUCAUAAGAAAUACAAUAAUCUAAUGGCAGACGAGGCGAGAGUCGCACAGAUAAUGGAACAGUUGGAAGUGGCCAUCGCUUACGGGCAACACAAACGUGCGGCCGUUUUAGCCAAGGACGCUUAUCUAUACAUUGAGGACCGAUACACCCAUAAGGGUCCGAUUCCCUUCCAAGUGUAUCCAUCGAUGUCCUUAAAUAUGCUUAAAUUAAAAAUUGAGAAAGAAUUCAAUAUUCCGACUGAAAUGCAGAAAUGGAUUUUAGGCAAAACGUUGGCCACAAAUCUGAGCGCAUCGUUAGCCACAUAUGGCAUAACGUGUUCCGGUUGUCCCAUAUUUUUAUAUUUGUUACCCGAAGAACCCAAACAUGAAAUGAAUUUGGAAAUUCCUCAAAACGAAACGCCGGCAGUGAAUGACCAGUGGUUUCCCAAUGAUAUUCCGGAACCAAUUUUGGAUAACAAUCUGGAAACGAUUCCUUUGAUGCCCGAAACCAGUGAUAUUAUCGAUGCAUUUGAUUUACAAUCAAUUAAUAAUGUGAUCCCUGAAGAGGAAGACUCGGAGAAAGUGAUGCCAAGACAGCAGUACUUCGAGUUAGUCGAGUUGGACGACGUUAAGUGUGUCACUAAUAGCGAGCCCUUUGAAUGUCCCGUUUGUUUCGUCGACAUCGGUGUCGGCGAAGGCAUUGUUUUGCGCGACUGUUUGCACACAUUUUGCAAGUAUUGUCUGUUGAGUGCCGUUCAGUACAAUACAGAAGUGGAGGUGAAGUGUCCGUUUAGGAACAGUGAGUACUCGUGCGACAGUCGUAUGCAAGACAGGGAAGUGAAAGAAGUGGUGCCCAUAGAUGUGUACGAAAGGUAUCUCCAGAAGAGCAUAUCGACCGCCGAAAGCAAGAUUGAGAAGUCCUUCCACUGCAAGACAGUUGACUGUUGCGGUUGGUGUGAGUUCGACGACAACGUCAAUGUCUUCCGGUGUCCCGUUUGUCGUCACGAGAACUGCAUUAACUGUCAGUCCAUACACGAGGGCAUCAAUUGUAAGCAAUUUCAGGAUCAGCUCGAGUUCAACGCCGCCCAAAACGAAGACGCGAUGAAGACUAAAGAAUUCAUUGAUAAUAUGCUUCACAGGGAAGAGGCCUUACGUUGUCCUCAAUGUCAAGUAGUUUUGCUCAAGAAAUGGGGCUGUGAUUGGGUUAAGUGCUCGAUGUGUGAAACAGAAAUUUGUUGGGUCACCAAAGGGUUCCGUUGGGGACCAAAGGUUGGGUCGGGGCGACACAUCGGGUGGCUGUCGAUGUAAUGUGAAAGGCGUUAGAUGUCAUCCCAAUUGCAAAUAUUGCCAUUAAAUGCAAAUGAUUUGAGAUAUUCUGCGUCCUUCAGAACAAUUGUUUCCACACUCACGAGGAAUACAGAAAAGACAAUUUCAUAGUUUGGUCUCUUCUUAUCCAUACUUUUUGCCCAAACAAACAAAUAAUGUCAACAAAUACUAAGCAUCAGUUCGCCAAAUAAUACUUUUUCC